GUCCAUGAGAGGCAUGAAAGCUAAUGGCCGCCAAAUUCUAUCCACGAAACAGCUGAUGUGCGUUGUUGUUUCUCAAUUUUAAAUUGGUAUUUUCACGGGAUUAACUGUGGCAAAGCACUUAGAUGAUACGUUAUUCGUGUAAUUGUUUUGUGUGGAAUUCAGGAUGUCACUGACCAUACAACAAAUAAUUUUGGAUGCAAAAAGACUCGCUGGCCGUCUUAAAGAACGCGAAACCGAAUCGGAUGCUUUGCUAACUGAAACUCAAUCUGCAUAUCGUCAAAUCCACACCAUGAAACAGUACAAAGAAGAGGUUGAUACACUGAACGAGGCUUCACGCGAACGCCCCCGUGGAGCACUUAUAGCCAGCAUAGAAAGGGAAUCUCGCUUGAUGAGGGAUGUACAACGUGAAAAUGGGGAGCUUCGGGCUGCACUAGAAGAUCACAGGAGGGCUUUGGAGCUCAUCAUGUCUAAAUACAGACAGCACACGGAAAAGAGAGUGUGGGAGUCCAGAAUAGACUUUACGGCAGCUGUCAAUGAAAAACAGCAAGAGCUCAUUCGUAAACAAGCAGAGAGAAUCAAUGAAAUGACCAGUAUCAUGUACAAAGCUGUGAAUAUGGAGGAGAAUGGUGAGAUAAGGAGGGAGGAAGAGGUGUACCACAGACUCAUCACUGAAAACAAGGGGUUGCGAGAGAUGCUGGACCUGUCGCGGCGGUACGGGUCGGACCGCGCGGUGGCGCCGCCCACCGAGGACAAGGACGUGCAGACGGACGGGCCGCCGCUGCACGCGUGACGCGCCCCCCCCGCGCCCGCCCCGCCUGUCCCCGCCACCGCCCGCCCCGCCCGGCUCUGAGCCACCGAGGUAGCGCUCCAGCCAGUAUACAACCUCUAUCCUACUUUACUGCAGACAAUCGAGUUACCGGGGACGUAUGCAGUUGAAGUAUAUUUUGUGUAUGUCGCUCCGACGGCGGCGCUAGGUGGCGCCGCAGAGCCAGACAAUCUGUAGCGAUCAAAUGUUGAAGGGCUUUGCGCGACUCGCGAGUCUUAUCAACCAUACAUGGGAACGAAAGAUCCGAUCGCUGUGUCUCGCUCCAACCUAUGGUUGUCAUUGCUACCGCCGCCGUCGCCAGUCACGCAAUGUCGUGGCCGAGCCGUAAUACGCGGUAGACCGAUUUUUCAAAUUUUCUUUUCUAAUUACAGUCUAGUGAACUUUAUGCUAUCGUUAACCAUUUAGCGAAGUCACGUAUUGGAUUUCCGACAUUACUAGGUUACAUAAUAUAUUAGGGAAUAGAAAGUCGUGUCUUAUUGAAGACCUGAUAUGAUAUGACAGUCUAGAAAACGCAAAAUGUUGUUUUGAAAAUGCCCUACCAACUCAAAUGUUAGUCACCAGUGAAAUAUCCAUAAUAAUUUCGUGGUUUUUAAACUAUGACAAUGGCGGAAUCUAUGAGUGUCGGAAGGAGCCAUAAUAAAAUUGAUUAAAAAAAAAUCUAGCAAUCUUCAAUUGUAUACGUCAGUCUCGGUUGUCUGUGAUUUUACACACGCAUACACACAUUUUUGAAAAUAGGUCUUUUGACAGUUACAUCACCAUUUCACACUUUGCAAAAGAAAAGGAGUGACAUAAAUACAGCGAACUACAUUAUAGCUAACAAAGUGGUUAUGUUCUCCUUUGGUUGUAUUGAUGUUGAAUAUGACUAGAAUAGAAGUAAAUUUGUAUUGUAAAAUUUCAAGUUAUCGCUCAUGUUAUAUCUAUCUAUUGAGAAACAAAGUUUCUUAUAAUUGUAAAUUAUAGUAUUAUCAAUCUUUGAAAUCACAAGUAUGGCAAGUAUCAUGGUUUAUUAUACAGGAUGGGGCCUGGUACAGGAGCAAAAAUUAAACGCGUGACGUGACAGUAAUGGAUCUUUAUACGACAAUAUCGUACCUCGUUAAUAUACGUUCAUAUUAGGGAACUAAAUCACAACAGCUAUUUAAAUCAAUUUUGUGUAUUUGUCUUUUUAGAAAGUAAUAAAACGUAUAUAUUUAUUUUGUUCAAAGCAAAUUUUUUUUGGAGACUACUCUAUUCUAUAAAUACUCGUAUGAUACUUCUAAGGCCAUCGAUUAACCCCCUUAUUCAUAAAACUUUACCGGCCCGAUUCAGUUAAAUUGUGUUUUAUCCCAUUCUUACAAAUACAUAAGUCAAAAUGACAGAUAAAGACAAACGAUUAUUAGCUAAUUCAGGUUUGUAGCGCGUUUAUUAAUAAAGGGGUAAGUUCGUUGUGCCUUCUUAGUCGGCAAUUAUCUAAAUUCGCCUGUAAUUUGUUGCAACGUGAUUGUAGAUCAUUAGAAUUCUUAUCUCUACAUAUACUUUAGGCUUCGUUCACAUUAACGCAGAUCCGUUGAGUGACCGAGACAGCACUCCAUAAGUCCAUACAAAUUUUGUCCCGUAUGCACACUGGCGCGGCGCACGGAUCUGCGCUAGUGUGACCGAACCGUUCUAUCCACCUCUCUAAUUAAAAUAAAGUUUUUGCUCGUGCAGCAGAAUCCCCCUGUAUAUACUGUUGAGUUAAAUCUUGUUUUAGUACUUACCUAGUAAUAAUUGAAUAUGAAAUAAGGUUAUUCUGUUCAUAUUUGUCCAGUGUUUGCGUUUCUCUCGAUUUUUUUUAAACUUGUACCCAAUGCAAUUAUAUUUUUAACGUAACGGGUUUAUGUGCUCAUGAGAAAAAUCAAAAUGUUAAUUAAUUACGUAUACUACAAUACUCGAUACAAAUUGUGUUAAUGAAACCUUAAUAAUGAAUAGGAAAUUAGUUUAAUUUAGAUUAUUUGGAUAUAGCGUUAAUGAAUAUACAUAAUAUAGAAGGUCCUCUUUGUAAUAAUACGUAGGUCAGUACUUCUGGGACCCACUAUCCGUAACAGGUAAAUACUGUAACUGUAAUAACUGAUGUCAAAAAUAUGACAUUAAAUUAUAGCAUCGUCAAACAAUUUAUUUUCUUAAACUAGUCAAAAAUACCGUACACGGUGGGAAGAAGUUGAUAACUCGAGAUAUUUUAUUGAAGAAAUUUGAACUUAAAAUAUAAUUGCAUAAAGUACAAUUUUUUUUCGCCACUUAUCAACUUCAUCCUGCCGUGUACGGAAUGUACCCCUAAGCCCCUAUCGCACGACAGCUUUUUCAACGCGCGUUAAAUAAGCGCUUGAAUCUGUCCGCACUCUAAAUUCGAUUUAACGACCAAGGCUUAAAGUCGAAAAUCCAACAACGCUUGAUAAAAAGUGUCACCGCUGUCGUGUGAAUACAUACAUGGUUAUCCAUUUGUGUCAUUCAGACGCUUUUUUAACGCGCGUUGAAAAAGCUGCCGUGCGAAUGGGGGCUAAAUGUCAGGUCAUUAUGAGUCGCUGAUGCGACAGCGGCACCUAACUCUACCUAUGUUUUAUUUCGUGUUGUUAUUCCAUAGUAAAAAAUUAAAAUAACUGAGGUAAUUGAUAAUGGUCAAACAACUUUUUUAUUACCUAAAAAUACCGAUUUGAAUGUAUUAACUAAAUGUUGCAUUUGCAUUCAGUCUAUACCAUCACUUACACUGUUAACUGACUAUCGGUAGACCUUAUGCCUUUUGUAAUAAGGACCACCAAUGUACAGUGAAGAGCGUUGUUGUUUGUACUUAACUGAUGUCAUUGUUUCAAUAUAAAAAUUCAUGAAUCCUCUUUGAUAUAAUUAUCCCAGAAUGAUGCAGCAUGAUAAUCGUAAAUAAUAUUCAUAAUAUUUAGAAUGUGAUGGUGAUGAUUGAGUGAUUAUUGCGAAAUAAUUAAUUACCUAAAAUAUGCAAUAUUUUUUCAUGCGGCUUAGUAAGGUCAGCUUUUGAUGUUAGAGACAUUAAAGUAGAUGGACGAAAGUAGGGACUCUUGAUAGGACGUAGUAAGGUUUCUGACCCAUGUGUCUGCUCUUUCUAUUCGCAUGUAUAGUUUUUUUUUUAGUUUUCCGACUGUUACUUUUUUCUAUCAUUCGGACAAACCUUUUGGCCGCCGGACCUAGUCCGCAAAGACGCUCACUCACACGCCAGAGCAAAUUUUAAGUAAACAACUAAUAAAAAGUUUAGGGAUUGCAAAUAGUGAUAUCGAUAUUUACAAUAUUAUGGUAAAAAUCUUUUUAAUUUAGCUUUGUUCUUAUCCUGUUUUAAUUUCAUUCCAAAUUGCCAAAAUUAAACAUAUGUUUUACACCCGAAAAUGUUUAAAAUAUAGGGAUUUAACAUAAAAAACAACCACUAAACAAUGUCGAUUCAAGACGUGAUAUCGCCGCACUAGGCUGUACGAGAAGUCUUUUAUACAAGACAACGGCGCCCAUGGACUGCCUGCAAUGCAGACCGACAAGGACUGUUUCCGCGCGGAUCAAGUAAUAAUAGUCUCUAGGUCAACGGCGUAAGCGCUUGUCGGUACGUAAAUUUUAUUGGCGUAACGUUAAAGCUGCGCAUCAUGUGUCGAUAAAGUCAAUAUACCGGAACUGUUUUAGUGAAAAUUACACGUGGGUUGAAUUUUUAAUGAGUGAAGAUAUUAUUCCGGAAUUAGAAUCUAUCAUUAUAAUUUCAGUUUGGUUUACAUUAAUCUAUAGGUAAACUCUUAUCAAAAAAACGUUCAACGACUUGUUACAAAAAAAUUACACAUUAACUUCAAUGUUAUAACAAUAAAAGUAAAGUCUGAUAAACAGGUAUGUCCCUGUACCACACUUGUGCGAAGCGGUCGCUGCGGUGUAUCCCUUCCCACUAAGCUAUAAAAUAACAUAUUUUUUUUUUUAUCUCUUCUGCAAUUAAAUAGUCCACAAUCUACAAUGGCAAAUUUACUUGUCUGACUCUACUUUAUAGAGCUAAAGAAGCUACCUGAACUUUAAAUAUAGUUAUGCCUAUCUGACUCUCGUUCUACGUAUUCUAGUAAGUAGUUACCUACUAUUCGUUGAAAAAAAUUGGCGAUUAACAAGUGUUCAAAUACUUAGAUAAAAACAUAUUUCUGACUUUAAAAAUUCCCAUAUCGAGUUAACAUUCCCAUCCCUAGCUGUCUUUUAUACAAGACAACGGCGACGAGGAACAUGAAAAAUGUUGAAAAUUGGAGCAAUUUUUUUAAAUGCCUUAUUAUAAAAGAAGGGAUUUAUAUAGCGGCUUAAAAAGCAAAUAAAUGAAAAAACAAAGACCUUAAAUAUGAACACGAGUGUAAAUGAAAUUGUAAUUGUUAUUAUUUUCACAUUAACUCAGUGGUUGAAUUUGUGUCUUGUAUACAAGACGACGGCGCCAGCGUAUCGUUCUAUCGUUGUCUUCUAUACCGGACAACGGCGGUCAAAGGGUUAAAAAAACACAUACCUAUAGAUUUUAUCAUUUUUCCCAGUGGCAUAGACAAAUAAAAACACAUGGUAAUGAACGCCGUCCUUAUUUUUAACAUCAUGUUGGCAUUAGUAUCUACCUUUCAGAUAUGUAGUUACUUUUUCGAAUGACAUUUGCUACGAAUCUUAUAAUAGGUACAUACCUUAACUUUAGUGAGUUAGUUAAGGAGUUGGCAAAGCCAAAAUAUAAUAUUAUUUAGACCCUAAAAUUACGCUCGAAUAAACAAAUCGACGUGCGGGUAAAUAGUAUUCUCUACAUUAGACGUAAUUGAUAUGAAGAUUAAAUAACUGUUGGUUUAAUUUCAUUUAGAAUAAUAUGAUUAUUAUAUCUAAAAUUCAAGCCUUUUCGAAAUGUUUAAUAUACAUAUAUUAGGAACUAAAUUCGAGUAUCUCAGUUCAAUAGCUUAGUGCACCAUUUCUAGGGGCUGCUCCAGACAUAGGUUAAAGGACUAAUAAUUAUAUAAUUAAUUUUUUUAGCAUUUGAAAUUUGUAUUAUUUAAUUAAGCAACCUAAAAUUAUUUUGAUGCAGAUAAAUAGCACAAACUUACGUUAUAAUUGUACCUACAAUAGAAAGGGUAUACACGUCACGCAAGCGGUGUGCCGUCUCUCAUAAAGAUCUGUAUAUUACAACGCGUGUGCACGUGCACGUCUACGCACACACACCCGUACGGCUACCAUCAGUUUGGCAUUGACAUAAACGCUAUCGUGAACGUAAUUUACUUUCUAUGAAUCUCGCUCGUACUGACAUAUUAGUGCGAAAGAGAUAUAAUAUAGAAAGUAAAUGACGUUCACGAUAGCGUUUAUGUCGAUGCCAAACUGGUGGUAGCCGUACCGGUGUGCACAGGCCUUAACGGUGUCACUCCCAUAAUCUCUAUACAUUUAAUUAAAUAAAUGUAAGUAUCGUGGUUAUUCUCAUUAAAUGAAAAUCAGAGAGAUGAGUAUUUUACCACCGGCAAAGAUUAAUUGAUUGUAAUAGAAUUUUAAAGUACCUAAAGACAAAUUAAUUUGGUAGCUUAAUGUAGAUGGCGUUGUACGGCUUCAUUUAUACAGUAUGCGGUAACUCUGGCUGUCAGGAGAUGAAUAUUGAAUUCAAUUAUCGUUACCACAAACCUUAUGGCAUAGAGAUACAAUAAUAUAGAGAUGACACGGGGGAGGGCCGAACGACCGAACGAGAUGCACUUAUGGAAAUUUCAGUAGGAGUAGCAGAGAAAGCGGUAUUAUUGCUUGCCCUUGUCACAGUCUCACUUUUUGUUUGUUCCCCACCAAAAAUGUUGUAUGGUUUAUGGUGGGCAACAAAUAACCCGACCGAAUUACGUAUAUUGUUUUUGGUAUGUUGUCAGGAAUGUUAAAACGUGUUUUUAUUAUAGUCGCUUUGCGUAUGUUUUGUCCCUCACGGAGGCACGCGUAUAGCUCAUCUAUGUAAUACUAGAUCUAUGCCUUAUGGCACAGAAUAAAUAAUAGUAAUAGGUACAGAAGACUCACGGUACUCUCUAACAAAACGCGUCUGUCACGAUCAGCACAGUUAUGGCCGCUAGGUGACGACAGCGCCACGCGCGGCUUAUGGCAAACCCCAAAAUUGGGGUCGAACGGAUGGAGUUUUAGCUACCUGUAGCAAAGCGACGAAAUCGCGGAGUGAGUCAGGCCUGCUUAUAGCGACGUACAGCGCCAUCUAGUUCAACUAUCAAACUCGGUGAUACUAUUUUUACGUGGAGUUUAGACAACUUUGCCAUCGUGGUAUAAAAAAGUAGCUACCCCUCUCAACUGGCUGGAAUGUAGUUAUCUAGACAGCGGCAGUAUUAAUUAUGAGCACAAAUAAGAUAUCUUAUUAUUGCGUCGGCCAAAUAUGUACAAUCAGCAUCAAAAAAAUAGUGUCGGCCAAAGUGACCAAAUAUAUCGUAACACCAUUACCAUAAAUAAUAGAAAUGUGCCAAUAUUUUUAGUCAUAAUUGACCACAACUAUCUAUUUUGAUGCUCACUGUAGGUAUCAAUAUAAUAUGUAUAUGUACUCUUGAAUAUAAAAAUCGUUGUCCACAUCACCUGAUUGAAAUUGUCAACUCAAGAAUGUAUAUUAUUAUUUCUAUUUAGUUACUCAUUUAAUAUUACAGUAGCAUUUAAAAUUUUACUUGUUUAGACAUAAUUUAAAACAUUUGAUGGCAGCCUGGGCGUAUAAAGGCUUGCGGCCACUAACCGCCAAAACUAUAUUCGGCGCAACGUAAGAAUCAAUAUUUGACAGUAAUGAAUUGAGCGUUACAUAUAUGAAGCUAAGGCUAUCAGUUAAACCAUAGGUCUUAUCUUCAUUUAUAAGGGUAACUGUAUAACUGUCAAAUGUAUAGCUUUCUUACGUUGUGCCUACUAUAAGGCCCAGUCCGCUGCCCAGAGCCAUGGCUCUUGGCCCAUGGGCCCUUUUGGCCCUAGGUAAAUAUGUCCUUACCCUAUUAUAAUAUCAAAAUAGGGGUAUGUAUAUUUAAAUCAUUAGUUACUCAUAUUAAACAUACUUGUAAUUCGCAAGUGUGAAGGUGGACUUACAUCUAUUAGCAUCGAGCCGUAUUUUAAUAUGUACCAUCGCUCACACUGUUAACUGUACAUCGUGGACCUUAUGCCUUUUGUAAUAAGGUCCAUGUACAGUUAAGACUGCUGAUGUUUGUAUAUGAAAUCGCUCGUUAAUAUGAAAAUGCGUACGCAUGCUUGCAGCUUUCCGAUGCGUAUGUGUUCAUGCUAACGAGCGAUAUCUCAUAUAUAUUAAUUAAUGCGGCUCAAUGUUGAUAGAUAUGAUAUGAUUCCACCCUAAAAUGUACGACAUUACCUCAUUUGCUUAUGCGUGGGAAGUUAAAUUUAAACAUAAACAAAUAAACUAGAUUAAAUUUUAGAUCGUUAAUUGUACUGUAACCUUAAAUGCAUAUUCGGUUGUCUUGAGGACAUUUUGUUAGACGUAAUUAUUUAAAUUUGACGAGUUAAGAAUAUUGUACUCUAUAAAGACUUUUAUCCUGUUGAAAUUCACAUGCCCUUUAAUGAAUCAAAAAUUGUGUUAUAAAUUCAUCCCAUUACUUAUAAGAGAUAAGAUUUAUUAGAUGUGACGUACAGUUGGUGCCCUAACUUAAGUAUCCACAUUGCUAUACAACACCUACAGUUAGUAUAGUUAGGUGCAAACAGCAACACUCUUAACUGUAUAGUGUAUAUCGGUGGACCUUAUUACAAAAGGCAUAAGGGCCACCGAUGUACAGUUAACAGUGUGGUACUUAAAUUUGGGCACAGUCAAAAUCGUCAGAUAACUGUGGCUGUGUGUGUUGGUACAGCCAAGAUUUCUUUUAACUCCCUUAUGACGAGUGCAAUCCGGACUCACACGUCACACGACACUUUUUAAGUAAUGGGGUAAAUAUUUUAUGAAUACCUAUAGACAUGGGAUUCUUUAUAAGUGGUAACAAAAGAGAUUGGUAACUUGUACCUAUGUGUAGAUAUUUUUACUGAAAGCAAUGAUAGAAAAUAUAAAUGUACUAGUUUUUUCUGCUGUAGGACAACACAUAUAGAGCAAAAAUGAUAAUAAAUGUAUCUGAUAAUAUUAAAAAAAUUAAAAUUG